AUCAAUCUCUCAAUAAAUGCGUGCAAGAAAGGGAUAGAAAAUCAGAUGAUAGAUACCUAGAAACUUCAUAUUCCUUAAGAAAUAUGUUGGUAAAAUCCAUUGGAAAAAGUUUGAAUCAGCGCAAAAAGUGAGAGAAACGGUACUUUUCAGCAUGUUAGAUAAAAAAGCAGCAACAGAUGAGCAGCUGCUGCUUGAACAAGCAAAGUUUCUUUGUAAUCAGCGUUCUGAAAAACCCACUAACGCAUUUGUCUCCAGUAGUGGAGGUAAAAAACACCAAAGGUCUAAUCUUGACACAUCACUGUAUGGUAAGUUAAGUAACCUCAAGGUAACAGGACACCUAGAAAAUGAAACUAGAGAUCCCUGUUUCCUUCCCACCAUCAUCGAACGUCCAGUUAUUCGAAAUGCUGAAAAGUCAGGCAGUGCACUGCCUAAAGAAGAUGAUAAGCCGGCUACCAUGAUGAGCUGCUCAUCUGCAAAUCCGAAGAGCAUUUUUGCGAGGGAAAUGGAGCGCGCUGGAUUUACCAGGUCUACUUACAAUCAUUCACGUAGUUCUGCUUCUAGCAGUUUUGCCCGUAGUCACUCAAAAUGUUUAGAAUAUUUGAGGAAAACAUCUCCACAAACAAUAACAGGCAGUGGGUUGGGAACUAGGUCUAAUGAAAUUGAAAGAAUACAUCAAGAGAACUUGGAACGCUUGUCUCAACUCACCGAAGAAGAAAUACUUCAGGAAAGAGAAAGGAUUCUGUCAUUAGCUGACCCUAGUGUCCUAUCAUUUUUGAUGCACAAAGGUCGUAAUGUGAACAAUAUGGAUGAAGUUAAAACAAAACAUUCUAAACUGGAAGAGUCAUUCAGUAAACCAAUAAAGCCUGAAAUCUCUGAUUUACCUCUGGCUCCAGAUCCAAAAAUACCGCAUAUGGAUGUCUUAGAGGCUGAUAAAUUAGAAUGGACUCGAGAUUUACCGCAAGCAGCUAAGGCAACACCAUCUGUGGAAUUGUCUACAACUGGCUCUUCUACUAAAAAAUCCGAUGAUAUGGAUGUUGAUGAUGAUGGUGAGGAGAUUGGAAAGUUGAAUAAAGACAGUGCUGAACGUCAAGCUCGGUUCGAUUUAUCCGGCCUAGUUGUUCCACCUAAUGCUGUUGUAGAUACUCACUUGGGAUUGCAUCAUCAUGGGGAAGAACCAGAGAGAGCUGGUUAUACAAUCGGUGAAAUGUUUCACUUAUGUCGUUCCAGUGUACCAGCUCAACGUCGCCUAGCAUUAUCUAUGCUAGCAUCAGCAUUGGCACAAACACGUCGUGGCAAGCAUAUUAGUUAUUUAGCUCCAAUCGAUUCGCCUAGUCUAAUCACCUGUCUGCUAUCAUCUAAAACAAGCCUGUCUGAAAAUUCAACUGAAGUGACGAAAAAUAGUAGUGGCGGUGGAUCCGGUGGUAUCCUCUUCUUAUUACGAUGGUGUUUAGACGAGGCCGUGAGUACACUUACUAGCACAAAUGCUGUCGGUGGAGAUAAUAGUGAAACGUGUGGUGGUGCAUCGUUAACACUAGUUGUUGAGUGUAUUCGUUGUUUGGCUAAUUUAAUUUGUGAUACACAAGGAGAGAUUUUUCUCAACUACGCACAUGAAUGGCCGAUUGAAUUAAUUCACAAAUCGUGUUUAUUUAUUGCUCCACCUGUUCCACUGAUUAAUCCACACAGAAAAACUCAACAGUCAUCAGCUAAUACUGAUGAUGAUGAUGGGGAUAAUGAAGAAGGCAAUGACAGUGAGUUAGCUGCCACUGAUCCAGUUGAAUUUCUCUUCUUACGCUCACAAUUAGCCCGACGGAUUGCUUGGUUAUUAGCUCCGGGGAAAGGACGUGCCAGUGUAUGCCUACCAGCGGAUGCUGCUGGUCUUUGGUUGCCGAGUUUAAUUAUCCGAGGUAUACGUCAUUCACCUUUAGUAGCUUAUGAGAUCUUUCGUACACCGGAGUUAGUAUCUGCUCUAUUGACACGCUACCUUCCUGUUAAUGAAUGUCGCUCUUCCAAUAAAACCAAACCAACUAUUAUUAAUCGUCCUAAUCAUCUAUCAACGGCGAAUAACAUUCCAAUGCCGUCUAUUCUGCGUUUAUGUCGUGUUUGGAUUCAAAGUUCACCAAAUACUCUAUUAGCAUUUGUUAAUGAUCAUUGUCUUGUUGAACGUUGUUUGUCUUAUUUGUACUGCAGUGCUGACAACGAUAUAAAUAACCGGGAUUUAACAAUAGCUCAUUUAGUAGCCUUUAUACAUCAAUCUCUUCCAUUACAAUUGGCUAUUCAACUACAGAUUGAAUCAAUUCGUUGUUUAGGUGUAUGUGUAUCGCAGGCAACAGCACCUUACAAAGCUGUUCAUCUAUUAGAGAAAAACCUGCUGAAUAUUUUCCACUCUGCAGAAAAAUGUUGGCUUUUAUACCAUGCUAAGUUUAUCAUCAAUAAUGAAAAGCAGCAACAAGGUGUACAUCUUGAAGAGGAUCAUCAUUAUUAUUAUUAUCUUAGCCCACUCUUAGGCAGUUGGAUCUAUUUCCUAGUGGAUUUAUCACGAUAUCUUAUAGAGCAUAAAAAGAAUGCUCUAGUUCAACAGCAAACAGUUCAAAGAGUCAUUGAAAGUGUAUUAAACUGGUGUUGUCAACUUGCGCAGCAUAUUAUUCAACACAUGAAAAGUGAUCUUAUCACACCGAUUUGGGAGAGUUUUGAAUUUGAUUUAACGGAAGCUGGCUUAAAUACAUCGCUUAUGAGUGUGGUGAUCACUUCCAUUCCUAGUUGCCUUCACUUGUUGUCACGAAUUGAUAUACAACUUAAAACUACAUUCUAUGAACAAGUUAUUCAUCACUGGGAUAAUACACUCCUGCCGAUAUUUAAACUUAACUUUUGGAAUCAAAUGCUGUGUCGAUUUGUACGAAAUGAAAGUAUCCUUACUGGUUAUCCAAUGCAUGUACGUGAUGUGUCAGCCAGCCUGCUACCAGAUUCGUGCACAAACAUUAUACAACAACAACAGCAACAACCAGAUAAUGAAAGAAAACUUGACUGGAGCUCUGUUGAUCAUGGUAUGCUUUUAGAUGAUGGCGUUCUACAACUAGUCAGCUUAUCGCCAAAUUGUCUACCAGACUAUGGAUGUGCACUACACUUUGCGUAUAACGCGCAUUACACUCGGUUAACUGGAUUAAUCUGGCCAAAAGUGAAUACCACUGCUGUACGACAGACAAAUACACAACAGGAGGAUGAAUGUGAUCAAGUCACACUGAGUCCAGAACAGAUGAAUACAAGAUAUCUACCACUGAUGUCAGCAAUGAUAAGCAUUUUAGAGUGUUGCUUCUUACAAUUCAGAAUACAUAUGAUAGGAAGGCGACAUGAGUUGUCAAUGUUGAGUACCAUUCUGUUUGAUCCUUUAAUUGAUUGGAUUAAACGUUUCUGUCAAAAAUCAUGUCUUCAAUGGAAAUCACUUAGCGUCACUGCUGAGCAGAAAUCAUCAUCAGCAUCGGAUGAACAACAGCAACAACCGAAUCUAUUGAUAUCUAUUGAAUGUGAAUUGAUCGCCAGGAUACUGUUGUUAUUCUCUCAGAUUUUAGAACAAGAUGAAUCUGCUUUGUCGACAUAUUUAAAAUCUGCAUUGAUUUCGGAUAGUUUUGGCGGCUAUAAUAUAAAUCAUUUAGCUGCUUUACGUAUCCUUCCGUAUUUACGUAAAGGGCAAGAAGGCCUGAGAAAUCGUCUUAUUUCUGAAGUUGUAUUCAGCAGUCGACAAAUUGAAAUUAGCAACAGUAUGAAUAUUGAACGUAUCAUACCGCAUUUACCUGAGAUAAAAGAACUUUAUUAUCGUGAAUUAGUACAUGUGAUGUCGUCAACAAUAACAACAGCAACAACAGUGGAAAACUCGCAGAAUAAUGAGAAUACCAAUCCGUCAAAGUUAUCAACUCACCUUGAAGAUAUUUCUGAAGAGGACUCUGUGAACCAAUCAUCAGCUGAUAGUCAUGUGGAUUUUAAACUUGGUCCUAUAUUCUCAAAACGUAGAUCUAUCUGUGAUAGAUUGAUUCCAGUGGAAUGGGCGUAUACUCCAUUCAUUCAUGCAUAUUUAUUAUCAAAAUCGAAAAAGAUUAAUGAAGAGGAUGAAACUUAUCGUAAGCUUAUGUUGGAUCGUUCAAUGAACUGUUUAUUAUGGAUAAGGUUCCUUCAAAGAAUUUCCACACUGUGCCAGUCGACUGGUAGUCAUUCCUCCUUUGGAUUUAUGCAACCCAUUGAAUCGAUUGUCCGACUGACUGUUGGCUCCAUAGCAUAUCCUGGAGCUGGAGGUUUAGGCUUUUCACCAACUGGUCAACUUCUAGCUGAAAUUCUGCAUUCUAUUGGACCAAUAAAAAAGUUGUCGACUAUAGCAACUACUACUGGCGACAGUGAAUUAGCUUCUCUUCUGGAAAAUGUUAGUCUACCAGUCACUUGUCCAUCAUUCUAUGAUGUAUAUGUUGAUUUGGUGAAUCACUACAAUGCAUUAUCAUACAAUUCUCCAGUGUUUGCCAACCUUGUCCUAUGGCCAUGUCAACAAGCUUGUCAUGUUAAAUAUAGACGUGCACUGUGGGGAGAACAUCAACAAUCUUUGAAUUCACUUCGUAUCGUUUUAAAUCAACUUCUGAUACCAUUGACAAGCUUUCUUGAACCAGAAGAAACCAACUCCAGUAUGAUUCGUGUCUAUGCAUCUGCAAUUCUCUCUGGUACCGUUCAGGUCACACGUCAACCUUUGUUAUUCCUGAUUGCAGUACAUCAUUUAAAUCGAUAUCUAUACAACAGAGCUAAUUGUAACAGUGAAUUCACACAACAAUUUGUACGCUUGUGUAAACUACUGCCUCAAAUGCCUGACGUUAAACUAUCAUCAUCGUCAGUUCAAACAGUUGGUAGUAGUAAAAGUGAUCUUCUCAAUCUAUUGCGUUAUUAUAAACAACCAAAUAAAUGUUGGUUACAAAUGAAGUCACCCCAGCUGAAUACAAAUUUAAAUGUUGGUAUACACGAUCCACUAGUAGUAGUACACUUAGUCGACGAUAAAGACAACAAUAUGAAUGGUACUGGUGGUGAUGAUGAUUACAUGAGUAUAACAUCUUCAACCACAUUCAGUGAAGCUAUUAUCAAAGCUGGUAUAGAGUGUUACCAGCCAGAUGAAUUACCUCAACAUCGACAAUUGUAUUGGAGACAGUUAUUUGAAAAAGUAUGAGGAGAGGAGAUGAAAUGCUGCGAUGCGGCCUGAAGUGUUAUGUAAUUACUUACAGAUGUAUAUAAUCCUAAGCAUACCAUAUUUUUUUGUUUUAGAAAAUAAACUUUAUAUUGAAAAAUAUAUACUCUGAGAAUUCUUCUUUUAUGCGUUAUUCUUUGAUCAUGUACAAAUUUGUUUUGGUUCAAUAAAUAU